UUCCUUUUCUAAAUUUCAUUUAAUUUAAUAUGAAUAUGAAAAAUUACAGAAAAUUAGGUGGAAUAAUACUCUAUAGAUCCAGUGAGCAAUAUUUAUAGCAAAACAGUGCUGUAUUAUCCUGGCCAGCCUAGAGACCUAGGAAGAGAAAAGGAUUAUUUGAUUAAGAGAUAUACAGAAAGAACCUCCUUGCUGAAAUAGUCAGAAUAACAUCCCUGGGCUUGAAGAGGGGACUUCCUCCGGUUCGUUACUAACUAAGGAUGCUAAAAAUAUCAAGUCUAUUCUUCAGAGACUUCAAGGAAACCGAGAGGAAAGAAAGACCGAAUACAAUAAUCUGAUGAGUACCAUUUCUUCUGCGAGAGGAGAUAAGUCUGCCAGUGCAAGAUGUCCCCAAUCCAGGAACCGAAGUAAAAAGAAUAUCCUACAAAAUGCAUUGAGUUUAUCACAGCUAGAAAAAGUACCAAAGAAGCCCAAUGCAAAGCAGAGGCAGCCAUUCACUUCUCUACCGAAGCUGAACAGUAUGUCUUGCCUACCUAACUAUAGCAAUUGGGCCUUCAGCCACAGAGGUGAAGACAGGAUUUCAGAAGUUUUACUUGAUUAACAACAGCUCAACUGAACAGUUCUUACUACUCAAUGAUAGGGUGAAGAAUCAGGGUCUAACAGAUUCCUCUAAGAAUCGGUCAAAGUUUCUUAAGAACUUAUCAUUGAACUCGAAGCUUAGUAGGAGGGUAGAUAAGGCAAGAGAUCUUUCAAAGAACACCAUGAGUAUAAACCUUCCUAAAGCCGAUGAGGUUGAACUGAUGGAGAAAUAAACUCAGAGAAACUGAUGAGUGUGACAUUGUCGUAUUACCAGGCAAAUCAGUCGAAUUAGAGCAAAAGCCUGCUAGAUCCUCUCGAAUCAGGACCGAACGUUAUAGUGGGCCCAAGGAUCUUACUUCUCUUCCUAUAAAGAUCAAGCAGAAAUAAAAUCAGCAAGAACUUUAGGUUCAGACCUAGCAAACCUAAGAUUAAGUUAGUCAAGAAGAAUAUGCAGAGGGAGAUGGGGUUCCGCCAUCCCAAGGGACUAGCACAGAAGAAAAAAAGUAAUCAUCUUGAGGAAUCUCCGAUAAAUCUCCGCCGAGAGAAGUCCAAAGAGUCAAUAAACAGGGAUAUCUACGAAGAUUUUGGCAACAAGUUCUUAUGUGACUUGACCUAAUAGCUAUCUUAAAGAAUGAGAAGGGAUGUACAACUAAACGUUAGCAUCAAAUUUUGCAGCUAAAUUUGGAUAAAAGUCUAGACAAUCCUUUUUGAGAUCUAUGGGAGUAAGGAUUUUCAGUGGCUCUGAACAUAGCUUCUAAUUUAUCACACUG